AAAUGGAUAACCUUUGAUGUAGUCAAUAGCCUCAGCUCCUCUUUUUUUUUUUUCUUUUGUUUUUUAAUUCUUGCAGCCACACACGAAAGAAAACAAAAAAUAAAAAAUUUAAAUAAUAAAUCCAGCAAAGGGCUGGUAAUUCCCCCCGACACAGCUCUCGCUCAGCAAAAAAGGAUUUUCUCGCAAGCUGGAGGAAAAGCAGCUUCGGGAGGCGGCUCAUCUGCCCAACUUUUCUCCCCUCCGUGUCCCGAAGCAUACGAGAAGGAUCAUGAAUAUUCAUCCCCCCCGUUAGCAGGUUCUGCUUUUGUUUUGUCCUCCCCAAGCAGAAGCCAGGGGGGAGCUAACAAGUGAGGUUAAUGCCUGUCUUUUCUCUCCCAUCCGUCUCGUCUUUAACCAGUGACCUUCAUGUUAAGCCCUGUUUACACACCAGCCCCCCUCCCCUGGCUCCCCCUACCCCGGCGCUCGGCCAGAGGCAGAAGGAAGAAUUUUCCCCCAAGGAAGACAAGGGAGGAGAAGGCGAUUGCGGGAUUCCGGGAUUUAUUUCAGCAUGCCACAGAGAUUUUGCAAAUCCCUCCCCGAUGGCACGCCGGAGCUGCCGCGUGUGCUCGCCGGGCAGGAAUGGAAAGGGGCUGAGGGACCCCGAGCGCGCAGCCGGCUUUAUUCGCCACCUUCCACGCUCGCACCGGCGGCGGGAGGCGCGCCCGGCGCAGCCCCGCACACAGGGCGCCCACGGCACCUCUCCGCCGGCGGCUGGGGAACGGGGAGCGCGGAGGGAACGGCGGCGCUGUGGGCUCCAGGACGAGCCCAGCCCGGCUGCCGCUCACCGCGCCCCGGCGGGAUGCGGGGAUGUACAGCGGCGAGAAUACGCGAAUGGAUACGGGAUAGCACAAUGCGGGGAUGGCAGCGGGGACACGGGGCGGCGCGGACACAGCGAUGACAGAGAGGAUGUGGGGCAGCACGAUGCGGGGAUGGCAGCGGGGACGCAGGGCAGGGCAGAUGCGUGAUCCAAGGCGGCCAGCAAGGAAGGGCUGAGCCCGGUUCACGUCCCCGGCAGCGCCGGACCCGAGCGAAGGGGCUGGGGCGGCGAACGCCGCCGAGAGCCGGGGCGGGAGGGUGCAGCGGGGAGGGAGGGGAGGAGGGAGCGGCCAAGCCCCGCCGCUACACCGGGGAGGGAGGCACCGCUGGCACCGGCUCCCCGCGGGAGCGCCCCGGCCCGAGCAGCUCCGAGAUGGGAGGCGGCCCUCGGCCCGUCCAGCCCGUACCUGCCCGGUCCCCGGCACACACCGCUACGAGACCCACGCGGGGCGUGCGGCGGAUAAAGAAAGAGGCUCGGUCCCGGCGCGGUUUUGUCCCCCCGCGGGAGGCGGCUCCCGGAGCCGCGGGGCGCAAUGCGGGCUGGUCCCGGCGGCAGCAGCGCGGCGCCGGCCCUGCCCGGCCCAGCCCUGCCCGGCCGCCGCGGCCCCUCCGCGCCCCUCGACGGGGCCGCCGUGCCCUGCCCGGGCCAGCCCCGCGCCGUCGCCGCGGUGGCAAUAAAGCCAAAUAUUUUAGGGGAGCGAUAAAGCCAAAUCCGCGUUAUUUUGAACGAGCCGACCGAUCGGGCUCAUCGCGCCGCGCCCGAAAGUUGCAGCCGGGUU